CUAGUCCAUAAAUAUGUACUAGCGACGUUGGGAAAGUUCAAAGUAGCUUUCUAAAAUUGUUUGGUGUAUGAAUUAUUUAUUGAUAGCCUUUUUUGAAGCAAUUUCAUCAAGUAGAAUUUAAAAAUAUCUAAUUUAUAAAUUUAUAUAGAAGUGCAAUGUGAGUGCAGUGCAAGUACGAGGGUGUUACUGAUUAGAAAGCAACAUGGAAGCCCUGACAGUUCCGCCAUGAAUGCAAAAUAAAUAAUAUGAAAAUUAUGUAGGUCCUUUAACUUAUUAUACUGUAUUUUGCGUGCCGAGGGUGAUUGAUUAUCACAGAAGCAUCACAAUGUUGAGAGGUGGACGUGGGGGUCGCCACAGUCCAGAGCUGUACCCACACACCCUCAAGUGCUCAAAUGCAAGUGAUACCAGCUCUGCAUAUAGUGGCAGUGAUACUAUGACAUCUGUUCACAGCUCAUUGGACAUGGAUAUGGAGGUAGAUCUUUCGGGGCUCCUUGAGUCUAUUGUAGAUUCAGAUGAAGAAGAAGAUCUGGAAGAGAGUAUGGACAGUCUCACAGUGCGAGAUGCAGUAAGAGAAUGUCUUGAGAAAGAUCCAAGUGAAAGAACUGAUGAAGACAUUGAGAUUUUACUUGAAUUUACCCAACAUUUGAAAGCUUUUACAAACAUGACUUUGACUGUACGUCGGGCACUGUGUGCAGUUAUGGUAUUUGCUGUUGUUGAAAAAGCUGGUACUAUUGUAAUGAAUGAUGGUGAAGAACAUGACUCUUGGUCAGUUCUAAUUAAUGGUCAUGUUGGGAUUGAGCAUCAAAAUGGAGAAAUAGAAUAUCUGAAUGUUGGUGACAGCUUUGGAAUGGCAGAAGCCACACUAGAAAAAUUAUAUCAUCGUGGUGUUAUGACAACCAGAUGUGAUGAUUGUCAGUUUGUAUGUGUAACACAAACUGAUUAUUUUAGAAUACUGCACCAAGGUGAAGAAAACAUAAGACGACAUGAGAAUGAAAAUGGAGUUGUAGUACUAGUUACUGAAUACCGUGGCGCAGCAGGAGAAUCAGGACACCAACAGGGACAUGUUGUCAUUAGAGGAACUCCCGAGCAUUUGAUGUUACAACUUAUUGAAGAUAACUCGCGCGACUCCACUUAUGUUGAAGAUUUUCUCUUGACUCACAGAACUUUCAUUGAAAAUCAUUUAGUAGUUGCCAAACAGUUACUUGCUUGGUUUUCUGAGCCAUCUGUACGAGAUAAGGUUACUAGAGUUGUAUUACUGUGGGUAAAUAACCAUUUUACUGACUUUGAAACUGACCCCUAUAUGAUGGAGUUUCUUGAAAAUUUUGAAGUUGUAUUGGAGCAUGAAAAGAUGGAAAGCCAAUUGAGGCUUUUAAAUAUAGCCUGUUCUGCCAAGGCAAGAACAAGGAGUGUAACAUUGUCACGACCCACUAGAGAUGAACCUCUUAAUUUCACUAUUUUAGGUGGAUAUGAGAGAGGAUAUGGCAUAUUUGUGCUUAAAGUUGAAAAGCAUUCAAAGGCAGAAGAUGUUGGACUUAAAAGAGGAGAUCAAAUAUUGGAAGUAAAUUGUCAGUCAUUCCAACAUGUGAGCCAUGCAAAGGCAAUGGAGAUUAUCACAGGCUCUACACAUUUAAGCAUUACUGUUAAAAGUAAUUUAUUGGCAUUCAAACAAAUGCUCUUGAUGCCAGAAAAUUCUCCAAGACAAAGAGGUGGAACUAAUAUGGCCAGGUGGCAAACAGAUCCCAGAGCUAGACUUUCUACAGCAGAACUUCUUAGUGAUGAUCCUAUUACUCUAACACCAAUAUACAAUUCACCAACUAAAAAACCACAGCAAAUGAAUAUAAAAAAAGAGCCACAGAAAGGUUUCAUGACCUUAGGUCCAAAAAGAAGAUUACAAAAGGCAUUAAUGAAGAUGAACAUACUACCUAAAAAUACAAUAGCUGAUGGGCUCCACAAUGAUGAUAGUGUUAUAUCAAAUGAUACCCUUAACAAAGCUAAUUCUGGUAAUACAUUCUAUAAUUCUCACAGCAAUCCAGAUCUGAUAUCAAUUUGUUAUGAUGAAUAUCAAUCAUCUGAUUAUCCCGAACAUGUAUUAAAAGUAUUUAGAGCUGACCAGACAUGUAAAUAUUUACUUGUACAUAAAGAGACGACUGCUAGGGAAGUUGUCAUGUUGACAUUACAAGAAUUUGGUAUUACUGACCCAAGUUCAAAUUUCUCUCUUUGUGAAGUUUCUGUUGCACAGGGAGGAAUUAUCAAACAACAUCGCUUACCAGAUCAACUACAGAAUCUUGCAGAAAGAAUUGGUCUGAGCUCAAGAUAUUAUUUAAAAACUAAUGGCAUUAGUGAAACUUUAGUACCUGAUGAAAUGGCACCUGAACUGUUAAGAGAAAGUGUUGUACAUUUCUUACAAUUGAAUGCUGUUGAAGUAGCAGUGCAAUUGACUCUGCAGGAUUUUUGUAUUUUCAGACAAAUUGAAAGUACAGAAUAUGUUGAUGAUCUAUUUGAAUUAAAGAGUAGAUAUGGAACACCAAUGCUAACACAGUUUGCAGGUCUAGUUAACAAGGAAAUGUUUUGGGUUGUAACUGAGGUGGUCAAUGAACAAAAUCUUGUGAGGCGUUCAAAAAUAAUAAAACAAUUUAUAAAAGUUGCUAGACAUUGUAAGGAAUGUAAAAACUUUAAUUCUAUGUUUGCUAUUAUAUCAGGGCUUGGUCAUGGGGCUGUGUCAAGGCUACGAGUGACUUGGGAAAAGCUGCCAACAAAAUAUAUUAAAUUAUUUUCAGAUUUGCAAAUGCUCAUGGAUCCUUCAAGGAAUAUGUCUAAAUACAGGCAGCUAAUAACUGCUGAACAAGGCAGGUCACCUGUGAUUCCAUUUUAUCCAGUUGUUAGAAAAGAUUUGACUUUCAUUCACCUCGGUAAUGACACAAAAGUCGAGGGGAUGGUUAACUUUGAAAAACUACGCAUGAUUGCCAAAGAAGUAAGAACACUAACAAAUAUGUGUAGUGCCCCAUAUGAUUUGUUAACUUUAUUAGAGUUGGGUAAACAACCACCAUCUAAUGCUAUGGUAGCAUUGAAUCAAUUAACUACUGGGGUACAACAAGGGCAAGUUACUGUAAAAAGAAGAAAGAAAUCUUCAAAUGUACCUAAUCCAAAGAAAAUGUUUGAGGAAGCGCAAAUGGUACGCCGAGUCAAAGCAUAUCUAAAUAGAAUGCAUGUAGAAACUGAUGAGGAACGACUUCAUGCUCUCUCUCUAGAAUGUGAAGGAUCGGGACCUGCACCAACUGUACAACGUAGAAGACACCCCUCACCAUCCCUUUCAACUACUAGUAGUGCAUCCUCAGCUAGUGAAAGUAAGAAAAGUUUUGCUGGUAAUAAGUUUGGAGCAGCUUCUCCACAAGCAGUCAGGAAACUUUUAGCUUUAUCGGAACCUGCUAAAACUCGGCCCCACCAACCAAGGCCUCCGCCGCCGGGGCCAUCUCCGUGUUCUCACCGCAGGGAUGGUCCCGGUCCACCCAUUUGUUGUUCUCGCGCAGCACAUGAGAGAUCCCAUUCGGAUACACCAACACCGUUACCAGUCGAUUUGUCGGUCGAAAGUAGUAGUGUGACUUCAUUAAUAAACUUGCCAUUGAGGAAAACUGGAUCAGCAACAUCAAGUGACAGUGGACAUGGUUCCUGUACUACAGCAAGCUGUGCUCGUCCAGUUCCUCCCCCAAGAAUGCCUUAUACUCUUGCUGCCCAAGUAGCGCGACUUGAACGCCUUAGUCGAGCUCAUUCCCAUGAGGGUGUCACAAGGCCAUAUGAUUACUAUCAUGAUGCACCCGAUGAUGAAGAUGAUGAGCAGCAAGUUUCAGCUGUUUAAUAAAUACUCCAAUGAUAUCUAUAUACUUAGAUAAUUUUAGUAAUCUCACUUGACACUUAGAAACACAAACAUUUUAUUAAUAUAUUAUUUAAUUUAAAAUAUCAUGUAUUUCCUUAGGAAUAAGUUUAAAGACUGUAUUUAAAUUUAAUUUUUAAAUAUCUUAGUGUUAUAUAGUAUGUAAAUCUAUAUAAUAGCCAUGCCUUUAAUGGUACACUAAGAUUGUAAUUGAUUAUCCUAUUAUAUUUAAUCCUCUUACAUUUUCGCAUGAAAAAGGUAAUGUAAUCUUUUCUGUUCUCAUAAUUUCAGGUCAUAUAAUCUUAUCAAGAUUAGUAAACUCUUGCAAAUAUCAUUUUAUGUAUAUGUAUAAUAUACAUAAGAAGUUAUAUUUCUUUGGGAUAACAAAGCAAAAAUAAACUGUAAAUUAAAUGGCCAAUUAUUUGUCCAGACAUUUUGCAACAGCAACAAAUUUGGCCGAACUUAUAGUUAUUAUGAAUACAACAGUUUUACCUCGAUAUUUUACUUAAAAUAAAUACCUACCUGUUAUUAAGUAAGUAUUCACUCACUUGCUAAUAUAUCUAUAUAUAUCACUUCACACUAUACUAGAGGGAGAUAUCAAACGGUAUGCGCGCACAUUCUAAAUAUAGUUCUCAUCAUUUGUUUGCAACAUAAAAAAGUAUAACAUUGUGACAAAAAUUUAUUCUAUAUUAUUUUGAGAAUCGAAAUAAUGCUGCAUUCGAGUAUUUAUUCAAAAAUUAAAAAGAACAGGGUUUGCCUUGUUUGUUUUUUAGCUCUUCAAUGAUAAUGUUGUACAAACAUAUAACUGGCCAGUGUGUUAUUAUUUCGAUAUAAAGCUGUCUAAUAGAGAUCAAUUUCAAUCUUAUUGUGUUAAAUUAUAUUAUUGUGACCCACCAUGUUCCAGUUAUAGUUAGAAUCAUAAGUGUUUUGAUUGUAUAAUUUAUAUAAUAUGGAACUCUUUGUACACUUACAUUCCGAUUAUGUUUAUUGUGUAUAUUUUUCAUAAUUUUUAUGUGCAACUUAGACCAAAUAAUAAAUAAUGUACCUUUUUUAAUAAUUGCAAUUGAAAUAUAUUUAAUUGUAUAUCAGUCUUUGGUAGCUUGAGGACCAAUCAUCAUUAUUUGUAAUGGCAGCAGUUUGUAUAAUAUUAAAAUUAAAAAAAAAUGGUUUUAAUUCUUAUGAUGUAAAUAAUAAAAUUGUAUUAAACACAA